UCGGGAGUGUGCGACUGUUUUCGUAGUAGUUUUGCAGAGCAUGUGACAGCUGGCUGUUUGCAGAGAGAUAUUGCUUACGGUACCAGGUAGUUAGUCUCCAUCACCCGCCGACCACGAUGUUGGCGGAAAGUCUCUUGAGUGGCAUCGCAUACAAAAAUGAAAUACGUAAACCCCACAAAUGUCGGGCACGAAAAGGAGUUGUGGAAGACGACUGGAAAAACCAGCUCACAGACGCAAACACCAACAUCCACACCACAUUUGAGCAGCACGUGGCGAAGGAGAUCGAGGAAACCUGUGAAGUCGCCAUCGGUGGAGAAGUUCUCCUGGGGAGUUCUGCACGAAAGCCACCAACGGCGGAACGUGGUGGUGAUUCUCUUUUAGCUUCUCGGUCGGUCCCUCUGUGUAUACCCAGAAGGGAGCCCCACUGCAAAAAAGAGUUGGAUUUGUACCGGUCUUGGUCGAACCAGAGUCUUUAUCAGCAGUAUCCGGACCUGUAUAUCGGAGGAGAUCACAUUGCGGACCACACGUGCGACUCAGGUUGCGUCAUGGACCAAACCGACGAUGAACUGUCCGACGGUCCCGUCUUGUUCUCAGGAGACAUCCCAGUGGGCCAGUCGCCUCUCGUGGAGACUUUGCAGAAUGGCAAGGCUGUCAAUCUCUGGACUGGAGAGGAAGUUGGGGACCCGAGCAUAACCCUCCACAGACAGCCCCUUUCCAACUCCAUGAUCAACAACUACAUGGAAAGAAAGGUUCAGGAACUCUAUAAGCAGUUUUUGGAUGAAAAGCUGACCAGGUGCAGCUCCAUCACGCAUGUUCUGACGCCACAUCUGCUGAGUCACAUGAGUGAAGGGAGCCACCAGUUACCCUGUGAAUGGCUGGGGGAAGCGGCUAAUGCCAGAAAAACUCUCUUCCAUUCUCUCGCUCUUCUUGGCUUACAAGACUCCAGCAAUGGGAACAGCUGUGAAUGUAGCACCCCAAAUUUACAAAUCUCAGGACUUCCUUGAAAACCGAUCCCUCUGAGAUAUAGCAUACACCAGGACUGAAAUGCUGGCUUAUAAAAGGACUACAAUGACUCGGUGCUUAGUAUAAUGGUUAGAGUAUCAGGUUGGGCCCUGGCAGCUCUGAGUUCAAAUCCUUACUCAUCCAUGGAACUCACUGUGGGCCAGCCUUUAUUUCUCAACUUAGUCUACCUUGCAGGACUUUAUGGAGGAUACAGUAGUGUUACCAUAUCGCCCGGGCAUAGCAGGGAAGGGGGGCGGAGUCAGAGUGCUUAUACACAGGUAUCUCUGCCCACGUGCCAGCCUGAAGGGUGAUGCUGGCAUUGCAGAG